AUGUCUACUGAGGCCGAGGUCACCGAGGCUCUCAACCAGCCGGUCGACAACAAUGCGCAGGCUGCCGACGAUGCGAAGAAGAUGCUAGAGGAACUGUCUGGCGAGGGCGCAACCAACGGUACUGCCGAGAAGUCGGACGAGAAGCCAGCUGAGAAAGACACCAACGGAACCUCGGAAGAGAAACCAGAGGACGAUGACGAGAAGCGCGACCGCUCUCCAGAGUACCGUCGCAACAAUCGAGGCGAUCGUGAUAGAGGGCGGGGCCGUGGUCGCGGCGGCGGCGGCCGUGGGCGUGGGAGCUAUGGUGGUGGCCGCGACACCCGCAACAACAUCAAGUCUGAUCUGACGACUCAGGAGGAAUCCGAUGACCCUGUCGCCAUUCGGAAACAGGUCGAAUUCUACUUCUCCGACAGCAAUCUUCCCCGCGACAAGUUUCUCCUAGAGCAGGUUGGCGGCAGCAAGAACAAUCCCGUCGAACUGAAGACUCUCCACUCCUUCAAACGCAUGCGCCACUUCCAACCAUUCGAGGCCAUUGUCAACGCCAUGCGCGAGUCAACCUUCCUUGAGCUUUGCGAAGAUGAUACCUGCGUGCGCCGGAAAGAGCCUCUGCCCGCCGAGCUCGACAACGGUCCCGACCCUAAGGCGGUUCAGAUUUUCGAGGACCGUGCGAUGCCCCGUUCUAUCUAUGCCAAAGGCUUUGGCGAGGAGACACCUAGCACGCAGUUCGAUAUCGAGGCUUUCUUUGCUGAGCACGGCACUACCAAUGCCGUGCGUCUCCGUCGCGCCGAGGAUAAGACGUUCAAGGGCAGCGUGUUUGUCGAGUUCGAUUCCGAGGCGACAGCACAAAAGUUCCUGGAGCUUGAUCCUAAGCCUGCGUUCGAGGGCAAGGAGCUGCAGAUCAUGAGCAAGAAGGAGUACUGCGAGAAGAAGGUCGACGACAUCAAGGCUGGCCGUAUGAAGCCCAAUAGGCAAUACGAGAAGCCUCGCUACGAUCGCGAUCGCCGAGGAGGCCGUGGUGGCCGGGACGGUGGCCGUGAUUUCAAGCGCAAGCGAGAUGACGAAGAUGACCGUGACUGGCGAGUGCGCCGAGACGAGGACCGUAAGAGUGGCUUCCGUGACGGCAGGGGCAAGCAUGAUCGUGACAACAAGGGUCAUGGUCGCCACGACUCAAAGUAUGAGAAGGCGCAGAAGGACGAUCGCGGCAUUCCCGCUGUCCGGUCCACUGACGACAAGGAUUCUGCGAAAGCCGACGCCCUUGCUAACGCAAAGGCCGCGGUGGAGGCUGAGACUGCGAAGGAGGCCACUGCUGGACAGAAGCGCGAGCGCGAAGAAGACGAGGGAGAUGCAGAGCGGGAGACCAAGAAGGUGGACACGAAAGAAGUCGAGGCGGCCGCGUAA